AGAACUCCGUCAGUCACGUGACAGUUCAACAUGGCGUUGCGCUGGAGGAGUUUGUUGCGCUUUCGGUCAACAACACGGCCGCUGAUCAUCUUCACCUUCUGCCUGACUGUCAUCCACUGCCUGGGGGACGAUGUGGACAGCUGUGAUAAGCUGCGGCUGGGACAGUAUGUGUGUAAAGAACCCAAAAUAGAAGAUGCAACUCAAGAACCAGAGAACUGCAAGGACCGGUUGGCUUGGGUGGAAUGUCUACCUGCUCCAAACAUCAGCUGUCGGCUGUCAAAUGGAACACAGUUCAAAUUCAGCGGUGAAGAGGUCGGGUUUAACAAAAGCAUCCUGUGUCGAAAUGUGAGUGGUUACUCAUACAAAGUAGCUGUUGCCCUGUCACUCUUCCUGGGAUGGAUUGGGGCGGAUCGGUUUUACUUGGGAUAUCCAGCCUUGGGCCUACUGAAAUUCUGCACUGUGGGGUUCUGUGGAAUUGGAAGCUUAGUGGACUUCAUGUUGAUAUCCAUGCAGAUCGUGGGUCCAUCAGAUGGGUCGGAUUACAUUGUGGACUACUACGGGGCACGCCUCACCCGUCUUUCGAUAACAAACGAGACCUACAGAAGAACGCAGCUCUCUCCGUGAAGACACCAGGUGGAUCCCAAUGAGAUGACCCACCAAAUCUACAGGAUCGUGUUAUGUAAAUCCCAUCUUUUCUUUGGACAUGCCUUUGCUGUUUCCAAACACAAAGACACAUGGACGUGCCAAACUACGCUCUGGGAAAGGCUAGCCCAUGUCUGGAGUUGCAAACAUGGCUCAUGUAUGUGCUGAGCUAGCGUUGGUCCCACCGCUCCAAGUUCUGCUCGGAUCUUUGUAUAGCUGUUUUUUCCACUGGACCGCUCAUGUCCUCUAUCACUCUCUCUCUAUCUCUCUAUCAAUCAGUCUCUUCCUUUGAGUCAUGCUGGUGGAAUGUCAUCCAUCUUUUAUUUCUUUUCAUUCCUGUCCUCACUAGCUUCACAUUGUUGGACAUUGUGUGAUGUUUUGAUGUUAUUUAAACACUGUAAAUAAAGUUUUAUUAUCA